AUGUCCGCUCCAGCAGCUAACGAUGUCGUUUCUUUCAAGGACCGGGCAACGGCCGAUCAGGCCAGACCCCACAACUAUCUCCUUAAAAUCGAGCAGACGAUCCAGGACAUCGACGUAGCGAGAGUGUUGGUCGACACCGGAUGCUCGGCCAAUAUUAUCUACAAAAGCACCCUCAAAAGAAUGGAGAUCGUUCUGUGCGCCGUUAAAGAAAGACCCAGCCCGAUAUUCGGACUCUCGGAAAAUGCUACUAUGACUCUCGGCUCGAUCGACCUUGUUGUUAAAGCCGGGAGAGUCACCAAAGUCACGGAAUUCUUAGUCAUCGACCGCCCAACAUCGUACAACACGAUCGUCGGAACUCCAUGGCUGAAUUCCAUGCGAGCGAUCCCUUCGACAUUCCAUCUGUGCCUUAAGUUUCUGCCCCCUCGUGGAGUCGAAACUAUACAAGGAGACCGCAGGAUGUCACAAGUAUGUUUCGCCGCCGAGUUAGAAAGAAAGAACUUGGCGAUCAAAACUUCCCAUAAAAAGAAAACAAAGCUGACUCUCGAUGAGAACGCCCCGGAACGAGACUCGGAAGUCUUCGGGCAAUCUCAAAGGGCCGAAGCCCUAGAAGGGAAGCGCAAACCGACUUGUGAACCGGUAAUUUUGAUCUGCCUCGACGAAUCCUCUCCGGAGCGAUGCGUCGAGAUUGGAGCCAACCUCCGCGGGCCACUAAAGACAGAGCUCAUCGCCUGUCACAAAAAGAACCUCAAUGCGUUCGCUUGGGCUGCGGAAGACAUGCCAGGGAUCGAUAUCGGCAUAACGUGUCAUGAGCUUAACAUCGAUCCGACCUACAGACCCGUUAAACAAAAAAGGCGGAAGCUAGGACAAGAGCGUGCCACCGCGGUAAAUGAGGAAGUCGAAAGACUCCUGAAGAUCAUGAUGAAUCCCGACAAUCGUGAGAAAACUGCGUUCAUCACCGAUCGGGGAACAUAUUGCUACAAAGUAAUGCCUUUCGGUCUCAAGAAUGCAGGCGCCACUUACCAGCGACUUGUCAAUCGAAUUUUCUCCGAACAGCUCGGCAAGACUAUGGAGGUAUACAUCAAUGACAUGCUCGUAAAGUCUCUUGACGAGCUUGAGCACGUCUCCCAUUUGGAGGAGUGCUUUGCAAAACUUAACGCCCACAACAUGAAACUAAACCCUGCAACGUGUAGAUUUGCGGUGGCAUCAGGAGAAUUUCUUGGGUACCUAGUCACUUGUCGUGGGAUGGAAGCCAAUCCUAGGGAUCGAAGCCAAUCCUAA